AUGUCCCACUCAGCCUUGGCCAAUUCAUCCUUACCUACGUACGACAAGGAGAAGAAACAUCGGCGGAUCAGCCGCCUGCUCGGGAAGCGAGAGAAGACUCCGGAGCCACAGCCAGACCUCGGACCUGAUUCAGCAUAUGCAUCAAGCGGUGCCAACAGCGCAGAUGGUGCUCAGGGACGAACCACUCCCGAAAGAGAGAGAUACCAAAAUGAAAUAAUAUCCGCGGAGAAGGAUAGCGAGAUAGCCAACAUCGACCAGGACAGGAACCUCGCGUUGAAGCCUUCGACUGGGGAGGUCUUCGAUGAAGACACGGGAGAAGUGGUUACCGUAGUGACAACGACCACAACUACCACAACUACCACAACUACUAGAGGGGGGAAGAAACACCAGGACAUCCAAAAGGACGUCAAGCGCGAAGUGCAAUCUAGUCCAGGUCAGCAACCUCAACUGCUAGAAAUGCCCGCAGGAUCCACAACCCCGGAGCCCUCUAAUCAACCAACCAUGGCCUCUACUAGUACGGCCCAACAAGGAAGGCCACCUGUGGUGGCUAGUGGAGGAUUGCUUGCGGCUGACUCUCCUCCAAUACCAGCCAAAAGUGCAAUGAGGAGAUCUGGUGACUCCUCCCGGGACGGAUACCCUGUGGACAAUGGUCCUGUGAGCCCCGUUGACCCUCCUUUUAUAAGACGCAAUAGUGGGACACCACCCGCUAGUCCGUCGAGGCAUAACUUCAGCUAUCCAACUCGUUCCUCCCUCAAAACAGCUGAUCAGCCAAUGCGACACAAUCAAAGCACGAUUAACGAUCUGCGAGCAGCAGCCAAGGGACUGCACGGCGUCGGAGAGACUCUCCGAGGCACCUUUAACUCAAAAAUCGACCGUCGCUUUCCAUCGAAAAAUCCCGAAAAAGCAGCUCGCAUCAACGCCGAGAACGAACAAAUCCUAGAAAAGGGUCGCGCCGAAAUGGAAGGUAUCCCAGGUGGUUGGCCAGCACAUGAAGCGCCUCCGGCUGGAUACCAUGAUCCCAUUCCCGCCACUGAGCCGGAGGUGGUGGCGGCCCCAGUGAUAGGGCACGAGCGUUAUGCGGAAGAAAAACCGGGAAGUUUGAAGAAGUUGUUCAAGCGGAAACCGGUCGCUGAACAAGGUAUGGCAAGAUGA